GCCGCGCCAGGCCACGGCCCGCGCGCCGCAGCCCAGGGCGGCCGAGCGGUGCGAGCCCGGGCGAGGCGCGCCGAUCAGAGAGCGGCUGGCGGCUGAGAGUGAAGUCUCUCCAGUUGGGCGUGGAGACCUUGACAAGCAGCUGAAGAAUCCUGGCCAAGCGCAUGUUCCGAUGACCUCAGUCCGACACGCACUGACGGAGGCCCGGCCCCAGGAUCAGAGCCGACACAGGAACUGAACUCACUCCAAGACAGAAACAGCCUCCGCCAGUCAAGAAACCCUCCAAAGUAUUUUGCCAUGGAUCUAGAAGAUGAAGAGAACCUGAGUUCGAGCAGCACAGAGGCUAAGGACAGCUGCAGUGUGGACCCUGGGCCCCCCGGGGACAGCGCUCCGGGGCCGGCUGACAGCUACCUGCUCCCCAACGGGGGCGGGGGCAGCGUCGGCCGGAAGCGGCCCCUGGACGAGGGCAGCAAUGGGCAUGCCAAGUUCCGCCUGAAGAAGAGGAGGAGGGCGCCGGGGCCCGCCCUGCCCAAGAACGCGCUGAUGCAGCUGAACGAGAUCAAGCCCGGCCUGCAGUACACGCUGCUGUCCCAGACGGGGCCCGUGCACGCGCCGCUCUUCGUCAUCUCCGUGGAGGUGAACGGGCAGGCGUUCGAGGGCUCUGGCCCCACGAAGAAGAAGGCCAAGCUGCAGGCGGCCGAGAAGGCCUUGCGGUCGUUCGUCCAGUUCCCCAACGCCUCCGAGGCCCACCUGGCCAUGGGGAGGAGCCUGUCCACCAACACGGACUUCACGUCUGACCAGGCGGACUUCGCCGACGCGCUCUUCAACGGCUUCGAGACCCCGGACAGGUCGGAAGUGCCCUUUUACGUGGGCUCCAACGGUGGCGACGACUCCUUCAGCUCCAGCGGGGACCUCAGCUUGUCAGCGUCCCCCGUGCCCGCCAGCCUCGUCCAGCCGCCCCUCCCGGUCCUGCCCCCGUUCCCCCCGCCCGCCGGGAAGAACCCCGUGAUGAUCCUGAACGAGCUGCGCCCGGGCCUGAAGUACGACUUCCUCUCGGAGAGCGGGGAGAGCCACGCCAAGAACUUUGUCAUGUCCGUGGUUGUGGACGGCCAGUUCUUCGAAGGCUCGGGAAGGAACAAAAAGCUGGCCAAGGCCCGGGCUGCGCAGUCUGCCCUGGCCACCAUUUUUAAUUUGCACUUGGAUCAAACGCCGUCUCGCCAGCCUAUCCUCAGCGAGGGCCUCCAGUUACACCUACCCCAGGUGUUAGCCGACGCCGUGGCCCGCCUGGUUCUGGAUAAGUUCGGUGAUCUGACGGAGAACUUCACCUCCCCCCACGCACGCAGGAAGGUUCUUGCUGGAAUUGUCAUGACAACAGGCACAGAUGUUAAAGAUGCCCAGGUGAUAUGUGUUUCCACGGGAACGAAGUGUAUUAACGGCGAGUACAUGAGUGACCGUGGCCUCGCUCUGAAUGACUGCCACGCAGAGAUCAUAUCUCGGCGGUCCUUGCUCAGGUUCCUUUACACACAGCUUGAGCUGUACCUAAAUAGCAAAGAGGAUCAAAAGAAGUCCAUCUUCCAGAAGUCCGAGCGGGGAGGCUUUCGGCUGAAGGACACCGUCCAGUUCCACCUGUACAUCAGCACCUCGCCCUGCGGGGACGCCAGGAUCUUCUCACCUCACGAACCAAUCCUGGAAGAACCAGCAGACAGACACCCGAAUCGCAAAGCCAGGGGGCAGCUGCGGACGAAAAUAGAAUCUGGUGAGGGGACGAUCCCCGUGCGCUCAAAUGCGAGCAUCCAGACGUGGGACGGGGUGCUGCAGGGGGAGAGGCUGCUCACCAUGUCCUGCAGCGACAAGAUGGCACGGUGGAACGUGGUGGGCAUCCAGGGCUCCCUGCUCAGCAUCUUCGUGGAGCCGAUUUACUUCUCGAGCAUCAUCUUGGGCAGCCUGUACCACGGGGACCACCUCUCCAGAGCCAUGUACCAGCGGAUCUCGAACAUCGAAGACCUGCCCCCUCUCUACACCCUCAACAAGCCUCUGCUCAGUGGCAUCAGCAACGCAGAAGCGCGGCAGCCGGGGAAGGCACCCAACUUCAGCGUCAACUGGACGGUGGGCGACUCGGCCAUCGAGGUCAUCAACUCCACGACGGGCAAGGACGAGCUCGGCCGAGCGUCACGCCUGUGUAAGCACGCGUUGUACUGUCGCUGGAUGCGUGUGCACGGCAAGGUUCCCGCCAACCUACAGCGCUCCAAGAUCGCCAGGCCCAACAUGUACCACGAGUCCAAACUGGUGGCGAGGGAGUACCAGGCGGCCAAGGCCUGCAUGUUCCGGGCGUUCAUCAAGGCGGGGCUGGGUGCCUGGGUGGAGAAGCCCACCGAGCAGGACCAGUUCUCGCUCACGCCCUGACCGGCGGCGGGUGUGCAGUGCCCCGUGUCCAGCACUCUCCCGAACCUCCAUCCGAACUGGGACGGGCACGCAGCGGGGGGCGGGGAAGGGGGGUCCGGUGCCGCCCUGGGCACCUCUGCGGCACCAUCUCCCCGUCCAGUGACCCAGUGACCCAGUGACUGCUUUCAAUCUCCGUUUACGAUAGAAAUUGAGUUCUACUGAGUAGGGCUUCCUUAAGCUUAGAAAUAGCAAUUACUUGGUGUGAAAUUCUUGAAUAAAUAAUUUAUUCAGAGCUAGGAACAUGAUUUAUAAAAUAAGUACUUAUGCCAGGUCAUCUUAUGCCACAUUAUUUUAAUUGCAAAAAAAGCGUUCUCUAUGGAGGAAGAGGAAGUAGAGGUAGGAAGUAGUAACCUAGGGAAGUCCGCGGCCCACGCCCCCACGCCCCCGGCAGGGCCCAGCCGCUCCGGAAGCUUCUGUGCUCCUCGUAGGAUCAUAUCACAGGAAACCUUCCUUGGUUUACUUCUAAAUAGUCAGAUGUAAAUGGGGCCAUUCAUUUGGGUUUUGAAGCAGUAUUUAACUUUUCGGGACCAGUGGGAGUGCAUCCAGGCUACCGCACAAUAACCAGCCUGACCCCACUCCUCCCUCUGAGUCCGACAGACAUGAACGACCAUCCAGAGGUCUUCAUGGGACCGAAAGAGAGUUGAGGUCAUAGAUACUCAUUUUGAAAAAUACCACUUAAGGCACAUUUUUAAGUUAUUCCUUCCAACUUUAUCAAAGACAUGUUUGAGAAGAAAGCAUGCAGGCUGAAGGCGGCAGCACAGUGGGCGGGGGCGGAGUCACGGCAGGGAAGGGUGUUGCUGGCAUGUGGGGACCCAGGGGUUCUGCUCAACACCCUACAGCACACAGGAAGGCCCAGGGCAGGCGAGCCAGGGGGUCAGGGCUGGUCGAGGCCGGGUGCCCCCUGAGCUGUGCUCGGGGACCCAUACCAGUGGCUUGUUGCUUCCACUCGGGGUCAGAGCUGAGUGGGUGGAGGAAGUGCUUCCAGCCCUUGGCUGACUCUUGGUUGUGGAGGGACCCAUGGGUGCCGUGGGGAGAGAUGGGGGACACCCCACCCCACAGCGAAGUCCAGGUGCCGACACCGGUGGCAUCGGGCUGUGCACCCCGUAUCCCGUGUCCUCAGGCUCAGAAAGUGCAGAGCAUGGAGCCCUGCUGAUCACAUCCUGCGGGGCGCGUCCCGGGGGGCGCACAUGGCGGGACUUCCAGGUUCAGGCACCAGCAUCCCCCCCUCUGGAGGGUGUUGCUCGUCCCCAGCCCCCUGAGGGCAGGCUCAGGCUCCCGUUGCACAGGGUCUGGCCUGGUUCCCAUGCGCUGGCCCUUUCUACAUCGCAGGGAGGGGCCCUCGUGGUGCCAGCCCUCCCAGCAGGCUUGCCCACACCCGGAAGACAUCGGGGAGGCCCUGUGUUUUUAUUCUUCUCUCUAUAAAUGGUAUUUUUUCUAAUGGGGAAUGGGAGAUGGACUUAGUUUUUAAAAAAAGAUGUGGAUUUUGACGACAAAGCCCAGUGGAAAUACAUUCCGUAGACGUGUCCUGUCCCAUGUGUCCUGCCGUCCCUCUGUCAGAUGCUGAGAAGUCGGCUGAGUCCCUCUCACCCAGGUGAGCAGAUGCCUCACUGUGUGCCGUCCCCGUGGGACCCGAGCUGGGCACCAUCCUGGGCCGGGUUUGUGUGACCAGCAGGGCAGGCUCAAUGCAGGGCUCGGCCUGAGGCACCCAGGCCUGGCCUGUGGCUGCCAGGGAGGAAGGCAGGAGGCCCACCCAGCCCCUGCUCCUGGGACAGGGAAACCCCCUCAGACAGGCAGCCGGAACCUCUCCUCUGAGCAGGAAGGAGGGCAGGUCGGUUCACUCAUGCGGAGACAAAGCAGGACACGGAGCACUUUAAACUCCCCUCUGCGCUCACCGCGCUCUAGACACCCAGCUGGCUCCUCGGGGCGUUGAUUGGCAUCCAGUGUCCUCAGUCUGGACUUUAGAGACUUCACAGAAAACUUGACACAACCAGGGACUUGUUUCGUUUUUGUUUUU